UUUUUUUUUUUUUUUUUUUUUUAUGGUUUAAUUUGAUCAGUUACCAGCUUUUCUUGUUCUAAAUUUCUGUGAACUGUCACUGGCCCUCCCUCUUCUGUCUUCAUAUUCCUUUUAUAAUAAUAUCUUUCCCUCUCAUCUGCUCUAUGAUUAUGCUUUUCUAAUCAGUUUUCUAGGAAACCAAAUUUACACACUUGUUUUCACAAUUUGCUUAUUAAAUCCAAAAGGGUCUAAUUGCUCUGUUCUGGGGUGUGUGAGGGUAGCAGGUGCUCUUUGAGAGGUACUCAUGUCUUCACAGGAGAAGAGCAAAGCAGGGAAAAAGUUGCAGAAGAGCUACUUCGAUGUGUUGGGUUUGUGUUGCUCUUCUGAGGUGCCCUUGAUCGAGAACAUCCUGAAACCUCUAGAAGGAAUCAAAGAGGUUUCAGUCAUCGUCCCAUCAAGGACUGUCAUUGUUGUUCAUGAUAGUCUUGUCAUUUCGCAACUUCAAAUUGUUAAGGCUCUCAAUCAAGCAAGACUAGAAGCGAAUAUCAGGGUGCUCGGUGACGCAAAGCACCAAAAAAGAUGGCCAAGCCCAUACUCAGUUGCUUCUGGUGUGUUACUUUUGCUUUCGUUUCUGACGUUUGCGUACCAUCCUUUGAAAUAUGUGGCUCUCGGAGCAGUCGCUGCCGGCGUCUUUCCGAUUAUCUUAAAAGUUAUCGUCUCCAUUCGGAACCUUAGACUUGACAUAAACAUUCUCAUGAUCGUAGCAGUUAUUGGGACAAUUGUUAUGAAUGAUUAUUUGGAAGCGGGCACCAUUGUUUUCCUCUUCUCAAUUGCAGAAUGGCUAGAGUCAAGGGCGAGCCACAAGGCAAAUGCAGUAAUGUCAUCGUUGAUGAACAUAUCCCCUCAAAAAGCAGUGAUGGCUGAAACAGGAGAGGUUGUGGAUGUUGAUGAGGUGAAAGUAAACACCAUCCUAGCAGUUAAAGCAGGGGAGGUGAUACCCAUUGAUGGAAUUGUUUUAGAUGGAAACUGUGAAGUUGACGAGAAAACAUUGACUGGGGAAUCAUUCCCAGUAGCCAAACUAAAAGAUUCUACUGUAUGGGCUGGCACCAUCAAUUUAAAUGGUUAUAUUAGUGUGAAAACUACUGCACUAUCUGAAGAUUGUGUGGUGGCUAAAAUGGCAAAGCUUGUGGAAGAAGCUCAAAAUAGCAAAACCAGCACUCAAAGAUUGAUUGACAAGUUUGCCAAGUUUUAUACCCCAGCUGUUGUAGUCAUAUCAGCUCUUGUGGCGGGGAUUCCAAUUCUGUUAAAAGUACAUAACGAGGAACAAUGGCUUCACUUUGCACUGGUUGUUUUAGUAAGUGCAUGUCCAUGUGCACUUAUCCUUUCAACGCCAAUUGCAACUUUUUGUGCUUAUACUACAGCAGCUACAUCAGGUCUUCUCAUCAAAGGGGGUGAUAAUCUUGAAACACUUGCAAAAAUUAAGGUCAUGGCUUUUGACAAAACGGGUACUAUAACAAAGGGUGAAUUUGUGGUGACAAAUUUUCAAUCUCUUUCAGAUGACAUUGACUUGAACACAUUGCUUUACUGGGUGUCAAGUGUUGAGAGCAAGGCAAGCCAUCCAUUGGCAGCAACAAUUGUUGAUUAUGGGAGGUCUCUCUCCAUUGAACCAAAGCCAGAAAAGGUGACGGAAUUUGAAAAUUUUCCCGGAGAAGGAAUAUGUGGAAAAAUUGACGGGAGAGUUCUUUACAUUGGAAAUAAAAAAAUUGCUACAAGAGCUGGGUCUGAAACAGGUGAAUUUCCGACCUUUCAAGGUGAAAGUCAAAGAGGAAAGACCAUUGGUUACAUAUACUCCGGAGCAACACCAGUUGGACUUUUCUCUCUAUCAGAUGCUUGUCGAUCAGGGGUUCAGGAGGCAAUAGAACAGCUGAAGUUAUUGGGAAUCAAAACCGCUAUGCUAACUGGGGAUAGUCAAUCAGCUGCAAUGCAAGCACAGGAGCAGCUAGGGCAUGCUCUCGAGUUAGUCCAUGCAGAACUUUUGCCAGAGGACAAAGUAAAAAUCAUCUCGGAAUUUAAAAAGGAAGGUCCAACAGCCAUGAUUGGAGAUGGUGUAAAUGACGCGCCUGCAUUAGCUACAGCUGAUAUCGGAAUAUCAAUGGGGAUUUCAGGUUCUGCACUGGCAAGUGAGACAGGCAAUGUAAUUCUUAUGUCAAAUGACAUUAGGAAAAUACCUGAAGCCAUCAAGCUUGCAAGAAAAUCUAGGAGGAAAGUCAUAGAAAAUAUUAUUUUUUCAGUCAUUACUAAGGCUUCGAUUCUUGGUUUGGCCAUUGCUGGUCAUCCACUUGUUUGGGCAGCUGUUCUUGCUGAUGUUGGAACAUGUCUAGUGGUCAUCUUAAACAGCAUGUUACUUCUUCAAAGAGGACACAAGCAUGGUGGAAAAUGUUGUAGAUCUUCCACUAAACUACAUAUCCACAAGAAGGGAUGUGAUGGAACUAAUGAUAGUUCCUCUCAUCAUCAUCAUCAUCAUCAACAUCAUAGCCAUAAGCAUUGUUGCUCAGACAAGUCACAAAAGAUGUCUCAGCCUCAGAAGUGUGCCUCCCAGACAUGUUCCUCAAAGUUCCCGCCCUGUCCUUCUAAUUCAAGUUUAGGUGGAAGUGUUAACCAUCGUAAUAUCAUGGAGAGUCAUGAUCAAUGUAAGGGAAGUGAAUUUCAUGAAGCAGAUCACUGUCAUCAUGGAAGAUGUGACAAGAGUCAAGACGGAUCCCAGAAGCAUGAUGCUGAAAAUGAGGGUUGUUUAGAUUCACACUAUUUGAUUCUAAAUGCAGAACAUAAUGGUGCAGUUGCAAUCAACAGAAAAGAUAAUUGUUUGGGGCACAAGGACCAUGGGACAAAACACUGCCACAACCAAAAUAUUGACAUGGUUUCUCAUGAUAGUGCUUCACUUACUUCUCCUUGCCAUCUCAAUAUUUCUUGUCAAAAAGAAAGCCAACAAUUUACUAAUAAGCAUUGCCACUUGAUCCAUGGUUGUGAAAAGCUGAAAGAUCAUGAAUCCAAAAAAACGUUAGGAUCCAAUCAUGACACUCAGCAUAAAAAAUCUGGUUGUCAUUCUGAUUCUAAGAAGUGUGAGACAGGUGAAAUAUCCAUUGACAUCGUCAAUGAGCAUGUUGAAUCAGCCUUAAUGCAUGGUUGUCUAAGUUCUGAAGAGAAAGAAAAUGGUUCCUGUUGUAAAGGCUGCUCAGACACAUGCGAGAAAUUGCCUGUUUUGUGUGCCUGUGAGAGUUCAAAUGAGAAAGAAGUCAGUGCAUGUUGCGGAAAUGAGUGCUCUUCAAAAGAUUCUAAGGAAUCCCCUAUAGUAAAUGCUUGUAUUAGUUUGGACAAGAGAGAAGUUGGUGGAUGUUGCAAGAGCUACAUGAAGGAAUGUUGUGCCAAGCAUGGGCACUCAGGGGCUGGUUUAGUGGGAGGUUUAUCAGAAAUUAUUACAGAAUAGGUACUAAUGUCCUCAUGUUGUUCUUGCAAAUUUAUAUUUAGCAGAUUUUCGUUCUAUUGUAUGACAAGAGUCCAACCCUGUAAUUAAAUAUUGAAAGUGCCUAUACAAGCAACAUCUUGUUUCUACUCUUGUUUAUAGUUUUUAUAGUUAGUUGAUGUGAACACAUCAUGGUCUUUGCGACCUCCAUUUUACCAAGCAAGACUGCUUGGAGCUUGUCAAGGUAGACAAAUACAUUGACCAACA